UACCGAAGGCCCGUUAGGUUAGGGCAACCAAAAGCACAUGCGGUUCUGACUAUUUAAGGAGCGGAAGGGGCAUCUAGAAGGGGAUCCAAGAAUACACACACAUACUUGGCGGCUAGAAUUAGGGUGUCACUCUUUCUUCUUACCAACUUGUACCUUUCUCGGCCAAAGCUCCCCAAUCUCCGGCUUGUUUUCCGAUCACUUUCCUUAUUUGUAGUCAUUCUCUCUUCCGAUCUAUUAAUAAAACGCCUUUGAACUGACCCACCGAUGAGUUUCGUCGUUAUUUACUCGUUUAGAGUGAACUCGGUACGAACAAAAGGCAUAUUGCGUCUUCAUGUUUAUUUACCUCAACGGAUUCUCUCUCUAGCUAUUUGGCACCAUUUUUUAGAUAGUUUGUUCCUCCCCAAUUCGCGCUCAUUGUCUGUCGAGAGGUCUUCGUUGAUCUGCUCUUUCUCCAAGAUCUACCUAGAACGCCAGCAUUCCAGCGGACCCCAACCCGACCAAAAGAAAUUCUUGUACGUCGUCAACGAAGACGACUUGCCAGGGUCCGCAGAAAGAUGAUGAAUAAUUCAUAAUGUAUUUAGAAAUAGAAAACAAGGGUUCAUAAAUCUUCUCCAAAGGUACAUAUUCGUGUACCCAAAUAUCCAGAACCAAUAAGGUUGAUGAAAAAUAAAAGUAGCCCUAUAAAUGACUGAAAAUAACAGAUAUAUGUCCAAUUUAGUCUUGAUAAAAUUGGAUGCUAAAAUUAAAUGAAAAUAAGGACAACCAAAUUUUUUUUUUUUUUUUCGAAUUGAACCGGCAGAUAGACCAGUCAUCCGUAAAAUGCGUAGACCAUUCAAUAUAAUCGAUCUCACACUGGUGGAAGUGAGAAUCUAACUCAAUUUAAUAUCUUGUAUCAAAAUUUGAGCUGAAUCGAACUGUGGGAAGUCUUCCAUCCAAAGCUAAACAUCAUAUACUUAUACAAAAUUCUGCAUCUUUAACAGCUCAUUUGCACCCGAUUCGACAUUUUCUACUCCAAGUGGACCUAAGACCUGAAAGUGUUUGAUAAAAGACUAAAAUACCAAAAACACAAUACAAUAACUAACAAAUGUUCAAAACCGACGAAAACAAUGUUUAUUAACUCUUCCAGAGUUAGACUUUCCCCUCCCAAACUUAGACUUUUGUUUAUCCCCAAACAAAACAUAAAGAAAAGUAUAAGAAAUUUAAAUCAUGGGAACUAUUUCCUUUAGAACACCGUCUUACCAUUGCUAAUUGCAAACUACAUCAAAAAGAACCAACGUUAGAAGGUACUUCCAUGUACUUGAUCUCAGCUUAGCAACCUAACCAUUUUCGGCCCACAUCUCAUAAGAAUUAUCCAAAUUUACUAUCACUGACUUCAUUUAAGAUUAAAUGUGUGCUCUCAUCGAGGGAUUAGCGAUCACAUGACACAUGUAAUCUUAUCUAUUAAGGUUUUUCACCACACAGACAAUGUUACUCUGUUUUAUUUCCUAUUUAUUUUUUUCAAUUUCCUUAAUCGAUUUCUCGCUACUAUGGUAUCAGUUUUAAUCCAUUGAGUUUAUUGGAAAGACUUCCAUGAGACACAAGCACUAAUAGGAGUAACCACUAAUAGGCCCAAUUCACUUUUAUGACCUUUAUCCUUUAUUUCUUUUAUUCUUUCAUUGAAGGAAAGAGAGAGGGAAACCAUACUCACAUAGACUAGUCUUUUCAGACCUGAACCAGGAAUCCGAUCCAGUGAAUACCAAGCACCCAAGUUUUCUUAAAUAAAUACACCGUCGUUAUUGACCAAAAAUCAUUAUACUUGAGUAAUUUAAUGAAAAAAUAAUACUGAAAUCUAAUAUUUUGAGUUUUUGGGAUAAAAUAAGAGAUAUAUUCAAGAUAAAUAAUUUGUCUGUAAAAAAUGAGACAAAAUGACAUAUAAAUUAAUUUUUAAUGCAUUUAAAGCUUGAAUUUAGUUGUUAAUGCUUGUUGUGUUAAAAAGACGUUGUUAAUGAUGCUUAUGAUAUUAAAAACAAUGAUUUUUUUUUUCAUGAGGAUAUUUGAUUAAAACUUAACAUAUUUUAAAAAAUAAUAAAAUAAUAAGUAAUGGCAUUUUUGUGAUUAUUUAAACUUUAAUGGUGAAUAAGGCAAAACAAAAAUUCAAAAGAGGUUAGUGAUAGACUCUGGAUUUGACCCAUUAUUAUCCAUAGUUUAUAAGUGUUUUACUAAUAUUUAUAUUAUUAUAGAGCCAAUUUAUUAUAUUUAUAAGAUCAUGAAGGUUUUGGAGAUAAGUGAUGAUUUUGGAGCAUUUUGGAGAUAUUUGGAGUAAGCAUCCGAGAUGACCAUCGAGAUCGACAAUCGGGCGAUAUUGGAGAGAUAGAAUCGAUCGAUACCCAAGAUAUGGUGUCGAUCGAUAGCAAAACGCGCAGAAGCCCAUUUGGUCACAGCCGACAUGAAGCCCAAGACUUCACUAUUUUACAAGAUUGCCCCUGACAAGUUUUACCCUAAUUAUAUAAGCUUUGCCACCAUGUUAGAGGCAAAGUGUGCUUUUGUUUUGUGUUCUUCUUUGUGUUUUAUUGUUUACCGAUAGAUAGGAGAGUAGAUCAAAAGUUAUAAUUUGUGAUUGGAACUCCAUUGUUAUUUAUCUUAUCUAUUCUAUGCAGUUUUUAUAUCUAAUCAUUGUUAUGAAUUGCUUAGCAAAGUCUGAGUAGUUCUCUUGUUAGAUUUUGGGGUUUAAAUAGGUUAGGAGGGAUUAGGUCCAACUAUAGAUUGCUGAGUUGUGAUAAUCAUCAUUAGAAUUGUUCAUUAAUGUAUGUCUCUAGAUUAGUUACCUAGAAUUUGUCCUAGGAUUGAUUGAUAAAUGCCAUAGCUAAUUCUCAUCUUGAUAACAUUCUAAUUGAACUUCGUUUCUUACUAUGAGCAAGGUGAGAGCUGAUCUAGUAAGCUUAGUAAGUAUUCGUUCAACCUGCACAUAAAGCUUGACUAGAGCGCGUCGAUCGAUAUCAUACAUGAAUAAUCGAUCGACAGUGCAAAAGGUGUAUCGAUCGAUACGCCCAUUGGAAUAUCGAUCGACACUUUCUAUAGAUCAAUAUAACGAGAGUUGAGAUCAUAGAUCUAGUUAAUAGUCAAUAAAUCAAUGCUCGCAAAGGCCGAAAGACUUGUUGAUCAAAUAAUUAAGCUUUACAUUAUCAUGCAUGCAACCCAUUUGGCAUCUAUAGGAUUAUAAUUCCGACUUUCCUGAACAAAAACUCUAAGUCUAGCUAUUUCCUUUUUAAAGCACCAAAACUCCAAACUUGCUAUUGAACAAUUAUUUGUUCAAUACAUAAUCUGCAAUUUACUUUUAAAAACUCUUAAAACAUCUUGCUUAACAAAUCACAUUAGAAACUCUAGGUUUCCUAGCUCCCUGUGAAUUCCCCUAAGUACUACAACUCGACAUCUUAUUUGAGAGAGUAUAAAUCACUCCUUAGGGUAAUUUGAGUGGUAUCAAAUUUGGCGCUGUUGUCGGGGAGCUUUGAUCGCCUACUUUCUAAUUUUUGUUGAGUAUUCUGACAGAAAAUGUUUUUUUGGAUUUUCAGGUACAUGCCCAGCAGUACCAGAAUCAACAAGAAAUCCCAACUGAUAUUCUCACCAGAUCUUGCAAGUCUGGAAUGCACGAUCCGUAAGGAAGCGCGCUCCCUAUCGACCAACAACAACAAUUCCGUGUCGCUCGAUUUUGCUCAACCACUGUCGACCCAGAAACCAGUUCCGUCGCUGAUUCUCGCUCACCCCAGUUGACCGAUAACCUUCACCCGACUUCGAUCGACAUUCCAUCUCGGACAUCGAUCGACACUGAACCGGGAGCAAUGGUUGCGCCUUUGAUACUUUUUCGGGAUAUUACUGGAGACCUGCAUGACCAGGAGGAUUAUAUGCGUAAUGCAACAUGUCAGAGAAUAGAUGCUUAGGGGGCUGCAAUCCCUGAGCCAGAUGCUAUUACUACAGGUACUACCUUACCUGUAGAUGAGGGUGCGCAACCCAAGACGUUGGCUGACUACAACUGUCCAGAUCGCUACUACAACAACAGAUCAGCGAUCCUUCCUCUUACCAUUGAGAGGGAUUUCGAGCUGAAAGAGCAGAACUACACACUUGUGGACAGUUGCCCUACCAUGGACUAUCCCACGAGCAUCCUAUGGACCAUCUGGAGAGGUUCGAGGAUCUGAUUUCUGCUAUUAGAGUCAAGGGAGUCUCUGAAGACUACCUUUUCAGAUAUUACCUUGCUGGAGAAGCUCUGCAUUGGCUCAAGCAGUUACAACCAGGAUCUCUUAAAUCCUGGAGCGAAAUCAAGAAUGCGUUCUUAUGCAAUUUCUUUGAUGAGGUACGUGCUGAAGACUUGAGGAGCAAGAUUGCUACAUUCACUCAGGAGCCUGCAUAAUCAUUCAGAGGCUCUUGGAUCAGAUUCAAGUCUUACAAGAGAGACUGUCCACACCACGGCAAUGAAGUACAUCUACUCAGUACUUUCUACAGAGGUAUCGCGGUGCAGUACCAGAUGGCUCUUGAUGCUUGCAACAAUGGAAACUUCAACACCAGGAAUCCAGAGGAGGCAGUCAAGGUGAUUGAAAACCUAGCAUCUAACAACAUCACCAAGAACAAUGAUUUUGAGAGGAAAAGAUCUGCCACCAUCCUUGGGAAUGAUCAGAUGGAUGACGUAAUGGCAAAACUGGACAGUGUUCACAAGCUUCUCAAGAAGCAGGUCAGCUUUGUUGAAGAUGCAGAAGCUGUAGAGGAUAGAACAGAGGAAGAAGAAGUAAACUACAUUGGUGGAGCUGGAUUUCAAGGAAACUAGGGUGGAAACAGAAACUCCUAUGGAAAUAGGAGUAACUUCAACCAAACCUCGCAGUACCAGAAACCCUACAACAACAGCUACAACAACAGCUACAACAACAACACGAACUUUGGAAGUUCCUUAGAAGCCACCGCCGCUUACUCAGGAGAGCAAGAUUGAAGAGAUGCUCGAUAGGGUUCUUGAGGCACAUCAGCGAAUGACAGUGGACUUCAAUGGGAAGAUAGAUUCUGUCUACAACAACCUGAACACAAAGUUUGAAACUUUGAGUUCUCAUGUGAGAAGGUGGAGAUACAUGUUGUGUAGACAGGAGAUGCUAUUAGGAGGCACAAAGCUUCAACAAGAGGAGUAGGGGAUGAUGUGAUGAUGCACCACGUGAAUGUCAUUAUUGAGGAUGAUUUUUGGUAAGUGGUUAAGGAAGAGAAGCUGCAAGAAGGUGAUUUUGAGGUAGAAAGUCUGAUGAGUUUCGGCGGGUCACAUUGGUGUCGAUCGACACCAACCACUGAGCAUCGAUCGACAUACACUAAACCAGAUCGAUCGCCAGGAGUACCAGAGCACCGAUCGACAACGCCUAUGGAGUCAACCGUGUCUUGCAAUGUCGUGAAGAUUCUAACUCUCGAGGAGUUCGCAGCAAAACACCCACAUCCACUCAGCCCUGAUAACGUCCGAAUCAAUCGACAUGCCCACAACAAAGUUGAUCGAUACUCAUAGGCUAAUAUCGAUUGACAACCGUCACCGCCUAUCGAUCGACAAGCCCCUAUCACCUACCGAGUGCAGAUGCCGAAGAUAGAUGUGGCACGACUCAACACACUCAUGCCCAAACCUAAACCUUCAGAACAACCACCGGAGCCUGUCAGGAUGCCUUCAGUUGAUGGAGAUGAUCCUAUGGAAGAAGAUAGGGUUUCUACUGGAAGAACCCUAAGGAGAAGAAAAUAAAAAGUGGCAAGACAUCUGAAGAGAGGGGUUAAUGAAAAGUAAAAGGAAAAUUUCCAAAAGCGGGUCUUCAGAAUUCCUCUACAUAAGCCAUUCGAAGAAGCGUAUUACAGCCACAGAUUGUGGAUGUUCUUCAGAGAAACCAGAGAGAAAGAAGAAAAUAUUAGGAGAAUGUUCUCAGAAACAAGAGAAAAGAUGAGGAGAAGGAUUACAUUGAAGAAGAAAAGUGAUCCUAGGCAAUUUGUAAUACCAUGCACAGUGCAGGGUAUUGAAUUCCCACAUGUCUUCUGCGACACAGGAAAAUCACUCAGCAUCCUACCUCGGGUUAUGGCAGACCAUCUUGGUCUGAAGGUGAAGCCUUCACAGGAAUUGUUCACUUUUGUGGAUUGUUUCCAAAAGUGCUCAUGAGGUAUUGUGAGAGACCUAGAGGUGCAGAUUGGUAAUGCCCUAGUUCCAGUUGAUUUCCAUGUCUUGGACAUCAAGUUAAACUGGAACUCUUCUCUACUACUUGGGAGAGCUUUCUUGUCAAUAGUGGGAGCAGUGUGUAUCUUGAAAACCAACCAGUUGUAUCUAACACUCAUCGAUCCUAAUCCCCACUACGACCCUAUCCCAGUCAAGAAGCCACACACGAUCCCCAUAAGAAUCAAUGAUCCAGGAAUCAUUGCAGCCUGCCACUGUGGAGAUGAGUACGAAACUAAAUAUUCAGAAUCGAUCGAGACUCACGCCGCAACAUCGAUCGACAGUGGUAACCAUAAAUCGACUGAUGCUGAUAGAGAAGAAUCGAUCGACACAUAUGUAGAUGAAUGGGAGAAUGACUACUACAACCCCACUUGUGCCCCUUACACCAGACAAAAUAUGCACACAGACGAGUAUGAUGAAGACUAUGAGGAGGAACGAGCCAUUGAGUACAGAGCCAUUAUUGACGAGGAAGAUAAACUCUUACAUCAUUCCUCUUGGAAAAGGAAGGAAAAAUCGAUCGACAGGACAAGCUUGCCAUCGAUCGACACUCAGCCUCAACAACGAUGCCGAAAGUGAGCAUCGACCGAUACUGCCUACUACAAAUCGAUCAACACUGAUUUCAACCAUGUGCGCGAUGGAGAAUACUCGAUUGGUAGUUGGACAGAUGAACACCACUACAAGAGCUUUGCAGUAGAAACAACAACCCAUACACCGGGAGCUGACGAAGUCUUCACAGACGAUGAGCUGCUAAACAUGCAAAAGCGCGACGAUACAGAUCAAAUUCAAGCUGAAGCCACUUGGGAAAGAACCCGAUCGAUCGAUAAACAUCCUCAACAAUCGAUCGACAUCAACAAUACCACAUCGAUCGACAACCAUUUAAUACGGAAAACCACUGUAAGCGAAAAAGUUAACUUAGAUAACCAGUUUCUAACUCUAGACCAAUUUGGUAUUUUCAGGGAUCCUAAUGGCUACGCAAAAGCCAUAGACGGCCACACACUACAUGUAUCUCGAGAAGAUAUUGCAGAUAUCCUUCAGUCAGUCAAUGGAGCAGACAAUCUGUUUAUGCAUCAACGCAACAACAACGAACAUAAGACUACAAAGGAGUUCUAUGACACAGCUCGUGGCAUAGAAAACAGCUUCAAACUACGAUUUCGCCAUACAACUCAUCCAUCAAUCCACAUAGAUGUCCCAACGACCGCCAGACAGCCAAAAUUCAGCAGAAGAGCAUAUGACCUUUAUGGUAACAGGAAAUUCUACUGGGAAGAGAAAGAUGAGUAUGGAGUCUAAAGAGAUGAUCGAAAAUUUGCCAGAGAUCUAGAGGGACACACCAUUUCAGUUCACAACAAGGAUAUCAGAAGACUUUUGGAAAGAUCUUCAAGAGAUGAGCCAUCCUACAUAUGUCUUCCUGAACAUGCUAGCUCGUUCACACAGACCAAGUUGGUCCCAGAGAUCUACACCAAGGACGAGAUCAAUGAGAUGUUCUAUGGAUUCUGUGGUUAACAUGAUCGGAACAAAGAAGCUUUCCAGAUGAAGCUUGAUGGUGUCUACUAUCAACUGAAUGAUUGUAUAAGCUGGCUAACCACUUGUAUGGAGGAGAUGAAGCAAGACAUAGCCAGAAUUCAGAACGCGACAGACACUGCUCGACCUCCAUCGAUCGACAUAAGACAACCACAAUCGAUCAACAACCGUCAAACACCAUCGAUCGACAGAGACCACCACACAUCGAUCGACAACCGCCUCGCUGCAUCGAUCGACAUCAAUCCGCCACGCACAAAUACAAUAAAGUCUAAACCAUAUUUCCACACUAGAGAAGAGAUAUAUCAGCUGGUAGAAGCGAUCUACAGAGCACUGGAAACUAUAGAGGAAAUGCUUGAUGGGAGAUGCGAUGACAUCAGUUUCCCAAUGGAUCUUACCAUCAAUGCAUUAACUUCCAAGGUUGAAGCUAUACAAGGAGAGUUAAUUGAGAUUCAGAGUUACAUUGCACGUCGACCAGAGGCAUCGAUAUCGAUCGACAGACGCAUCAACAAAUCGAUCGACACCAACCGUUCAGCAUCGAUCGACAGUGAUACAAACCGAGGCCGGCUAAUACCAAAGACGACAUCAGACAUGUCCAACACACCUUACCAAAGGAGAUCUCAGCUGACACUUACGCCACACUUACCAGACAUCACUUCCACCUUGAGAUCUUGGUGAAAGAUUGCAGGGGAUUGAAAACACAACUGUAGCAAUGAAGGAUAAAUGGCGCAGAGGGGAUGAAGCAAUGAGAGACUUCACUGGUACAUGGUAUAACAAGCGCAAAGAAGAGAUGGAUACUUGCUUUCCAACAAGUCCCAAUUCUCAACACUACUAGCCAAAACACCUCCAAAGUCAAGCUAAAUGACUAUAACAAAGUGUUGAGUGGGAGGCAACCCACUAUUAGGUAAUAAUUAAGUUCUAUUGAUUUCCUAUUUAUGUUGGUUUUUAUUGAUUGCAGGUCUAAAAAAAAGGAUCCGAGUAGACGAUUGCCAUCUGUAUCGACCGACGCGAACAAGCCGACAUCGCUUGACAAUACCUUACCUGAUUCGACCGACAUCAACAUCAUUACAUCGGUCGACACCUAUUCAGGUCUGGUAUAUCGUUCAUACUUGUUACAUUGAGUUCUUAUGAUUUAUUUCUCACCAUAACUUCGACUUAAUUUACACUGGGGACAGUGUAGUUUAAGUCUAGGAGGAGGUUUACUGAUAUUUAUUUACUUAUUAGUCUUAUUAAAAUUGUUUUCAAAAUUUAGUUAUUAUUGAGUCAAGAAAGGGAUUAUGAACUUGUAGAUUUAGCAACAUUCUGGACUUACUGAUUGCAGAUAGUACUAUAGAUACUAAAGUGGAUCAACCUGUCAACUAACAACUCUUGCUAAGAUUGUUUUGAAGGAACCAAAACUGACCUCCAACACUAAACCUGACACAACUGCUUGUCUUGGGGCUUGGUAUGCCAGGGAUCGGAUUCUUCAAACAAGUCUGGAAGGUAAAGCCUUGUGUAUAUAGAUUUAUCACCCUUUCUCUCUCUAUUUUCGAAAUUUAGAUUAAAAAAAAAAUAUUAUGUAUUAUUAUAUUAUAAAUUUAUUUGGAAGGAAUUCGAACAGGAUUUGGUGGUUACAACCAUUAAGGCUUGCUUCAUAAGAAUUUCAUAGGUAAAGGGUUAGAAUAUGACUUUGUGGCUACAACCAUUAAGGCUUGCUUCAUAAAUAAUCCUAGGAUAUAGGUCAAAAAGAACUGAACAUGACUUGGUGGCCAACAUCAUUAAGGCUUGAUUCACGGAAGACUGUCCAAUCUUGGUUAAUGAUCUUGCAUAUAAGCAGAUUUUUUACCAAGAGAGAAAAUUAGUAGAGAGAAAGGAUAUGAACUAAUGUUUACCUGCAUGUACAGUUACUUGUUUGAAAAUUCCUGAAUCAUGUGAUCGAUAUUCCAAGGUAAAGUCUUCACUUUUAUUUUAUGCUAAGAAUUGAGGUUGGUAGAGGGGAAUGAAAGACAAGAUUAUGCUAUGUUGCUAGCUAGAUGAAUUUGGUUGCUAAUCUAGGAUAUGGUAUGAUGUACUUUUGUGAUUAAGAUUUCUUAGAUGUGGAUUGCAAUAUUGUAGAGGUGAUGAUUCUAAGUUUCAAAUCUUGUGAGUCCCUGCUGUUUUUAAAAAAACUUCUUUCAGAGAGACUGCCUGUUUGUUUUGCUUGAGGACAAGCAAAAUGGUAAGUCUGGGGGAGUUGAUAGACUAUGGAUUUGACCCAUUUUUAUCCAUAGUUUAUAAGUGUUUUUACUAAUAUCUAUAUUAUUAUAGAGGCUAUUUAUUAUAUUUAUAAGAUCAGGAAGGUUUUGGAGAUAAAUGAUGAUUUUGGAGCAUUUUGGAGAUAUUUUGAGCAAGCACCCGAGAUGACCAUCUCGGUCGAUAUUGGAGAGAUAAAAUCGAUCGAUACCCAAGAUAUGGUGUUGAUCGAUAGCAAAACGCACAGAAGCACGUUUGGUCACAGCCGACUUGAAGCCCAAGACUUCACUAUUUUACAAGAUUGCCCCUGACGAGUUUUACCCUAAUUAUAUAAGCUUUGCCGCCUUGUUAGAGGCAAAGUGUGCUCUUGUUUUGUGUUCUUCCUUGUGUUUUAUUGUUUAUAGAUAGGAGAGAAGAUCCAAAGUUAUAAUUUGUGAUUGGAACUCCAUUGUUAUUUAUCUUAUCUAUUCUAUGCAGUUUUUGUAUCUAACCAUUGUUAUGAAUUGCUUAGCCAUGUAUGAGUAGUUCUCUUGUUAGAUUUUAGGGUUUAAAUAGGUUAUGAGGGAUUAGCCCCAACUAUGGAUUUCUGAGUUGUGAUAAUCAUCAUUAGAAUUGUUCAUUAAUGUCUGUUUCUAGAUUAGCUACCUAGAACUUCCCCUAGGAUUGAUUGAUAAAAGCCAUAGCUAAUUCUCAUCUUGAAAACAUUCUAAUUGAACUUCGUUUCUUACUAUGAGCAAGGCGAGAGCUGAUCUAGUAAGCUUAGUAAGUAUUCGUUCAACCUGCGCAUAAAGCUUGACUAGAGCGCGUCGAUCGAUAUCAUACUUGAAUAAUCGAUCGACAGUGCAAAAGGUAUAUCGAUCGAUACGCCCAUUGGAAUAUCAAUCAACACUUUCUAUAGAUCAAUAUAACGAGAGUUGAGAUCAUAGAUCUAGUUAAUAGUCAAUAAGUCAAUGCUCGCAAAGGCUGAAAAACUUGUUGAUCAAAUAAUUGAGCUUUACAUUAUCAUGCAUGCAACCCAUUUGGCAUCUAUUGGAUUAUAAUUCUGACUUUUCUGAAUAAAAAUCCUAAGUCUAGCUAUUUCCUUUUUAAAGUACCAAAAUCCCAAACUUGCUAUUGAACAAUAAUUUUUUCAAUAUAUAAUCUGGAAUUUACUUUUAAAAACUUUUAAAACAUCUUAAUUAACAAAUCACAUUAGAAACUCUAGGUUCACUAAUUCCCUGUGAAUUCGAUCCCUAAAACAGAUGGAGGUCUCUAAUAGAGUGGUGCUUAGAAAAAACACAAAAAAUAAAUCAAAAAUACAUUAAAAGAUCAGAACCGAUGUCAAACAUGGGACUUUAAGAAUCACUAAACAACCCAUGCGUGGUCAUUUUGUAUUGGCUAUUCAUUAAAGACAAAAGAGAAAAAAAAAUUCCCAUCUCUCUCUCCUUCGUCGGUUGUUCUUUCCAAGAGCUGUUCGUCACAUUUUCGAAACUCUCGAGUCCCAAAAGGCUGACGACAGUAUGAAAGUCACGUUCUUGGAGCUGUACAACGAAGAAGUCACAGACCUGUUAGCUCAAGAAGACUCUUCAAGAUCUUCUUCUGAAGAUAAGCAGAAAAAGCAUGUUUCUCUGAUGGAAGACGGGAAAGGCUGUGUGGUUCUACGCGGUCUCGAGGAAGAAGUUGUGUACAGUGCUAACGAUAUAUACGCUCUUCUCGAACGAGGCUCAUCAAAAAGACGCACGGCGGAUACGUUGUUGAACAAGAGCUUGCUUACGCUGGGGCGUGUGAUCAAUGCGCUUGUGGAACAUUCUUCACAUAUACCUUACAUGUACUUGCCCUUGUCCUACAAAACAUUUGUGUGCUCUUGGACUAUAACGGUAGAUCUUUGUCUUUGUAGGGAUAGUGAGCUGACAAGGCUUUUACGAGACUCUCUAGGAAGGAAGACAGAGACUUGUAUCAUUGCUACAAUCUCACCAUCUGCUCAUUCCUUGGAAGAAACUUUAAGCACUUUGGAUUAUGCCUAUCGUGCCAAGAACAUUAAGAACAAACCUGAGGCAAACCAGAAGUUAUCCAAACCUGUGUUGCUUAUAUACCUUUACUUGGAGCUUGAGAGAAUGAAAGAAGAUGUAAGAGCGGCAAGGGAUAGAAAAGGUUUACACACAUUACUUUCUCAUGUAUAUCAUCAGAUGAGCCAGAAGAUUUUCAAUACUGCUUCAACCAUUUUCAGUAACAUCUACAACCAAGCUCACACCAACACUUUGCAAUUCAAUUUCUCUUUGCUUAUGUAUGAUUUUCUUUCAUAACAAAAUCUAAUAAUUAAACUUACAAAAAAAAAA